UUGCCCCGUUGCAUCGCCUGUCCCGGUGUGUGGCGUGGGUGUCCCCUACCCCGGCGCCCAACAAGUCUCCUUUCUCCAGCCUGCGCGCUGCUGCGCUGGAGUCCGAAUGGAGCGCAGCACGGCGCGGGGAGCCCAGGGCCCGAGGCUGGGCUCUGUCUAGGAUUGCGUUGUGCCCAGCCUCCUUCCCCUCUCUGUGGGUAGGGAUGGUUGAGUCCAGCCACCACGGCAGCGGCUCCUUGUGCCGCUAGCAGCCUGUCUUCUGCGCUCUCCGCCUUUCCUCUCUAGACUGGAUCUCCUCCCCCCGCGCCCCCUCCCUCCCGCGGCUCCCACUCGCUGGCUCUCUCUCCAGCUGCCUCCGCUCCAGGUCUCUCCCGGCUGCGCGCGCUCCUCUCCCCGCCUCGCCCCCUCCCGCAGCCUCGCCGCCUUGGUGCCUUCCUGCCCGGCUCGGCCGGCGCUCGUCCCUGGCCCCAGACCCGCCAGCCUGGUGUCGGUGCUCGGAGUAGCUCAGCCCUGCAGUGGCUCGGACCCGAUGCUAUGAGAGGGAAGCGAGCCGGGUGCUCAGACCUGCAGGAGGCGUCGGAUGCGCGGCCGGUCUGGGGACAGGGAUCUCUCUCCUGCUCGCCUUGCCCUCUGGUGAUUAUUUGGCUCUGUUCAUAGCCCUGCCGUUCCUCGGAGGAGACGGGCACAUCUGAGAAGAGCCAUCGGUGUCGUGUGCGUGUGGAAUAUCUGCAGACAUGACUGCGUGGAGGAAAUUCAAGUCGCUGUUCCUGCUUCUGGUGCUGCUGGUUCUGUGCGCGGGGCUCCUCACUGCAGCUAAGGGUCAGAACUGUGGAGGCCUAGUCCAGGGUCCUAAUGGCACCAUAGAGAGCCCAGGGUUUCCCCACGGUUAUCCAAACUACGCUAACUGCACCUGGAUCAUUAUCACAGGAGAGCGCAAUCGGAUACAACUGUCAUUUCACACCUUUGCUCUUGAAGAAGAUUUUGAUAUUUUAUCAGUUUACGAUGGACAGCUCCAACAAGGGAACUUGAAAGUGAGGUUAUCAGGAUUUCAGCUGCCCUCCUCCAUAGUCAGCACGGGAUCUAUCCUGACACUGUGGUUCACGACAGACUUCGCCGUCAGUGCCCAAGGCUUUAAGGCCCUGUAUGAAGUUUUACCGAGCCACACAUGUGGAAAUCCUGGGGAAAUAUUGAAAGGAGUUCUCCACGGAACAAGAUUCAACAUAGGAGACAAAAUCCGGUACAGCUGUCUCUCUGGCUAUAUCUUGGAAGGUCAUGCAAUUCUGACCUGCAUUGUUAGUCCUGGGAACGGCGCAUCAUGGGACUUCCCAGCUCCCUUCUGCAGAGCGGAGGGAGCCUGUGGAGGGACCUUACGGGGAACCAGCAGCACCAUCUCCAGCCCUCAUUUCCCCUCAGAAUAUGAAAACAGUGCUGACUGUACGUGGACCAUUCUCGCUGAGCCUGGGGACACCAUUGCGUUAGUCUUCACUGACUUUCAACUGGAAGAAGGAUAUGAUUUCUUAGAGAUCAGUGGGACAGAGGCACCAUCCAUAUGGCUGACGGGCAUGAACCUUCCUUCCCCAGUCAUCAGCAGCAAGAACUGGUUACGACUCCAUUUCACAUCUGAUAGCAACCAUCGACGCAAAGGAUUCAAUGCUCAGUUUCAAGUGAAAAAGGCAAUUGAGUUGAAGUCAAGAGGAGUCAAGAUGCUGCCCAGCAAGGACAGUAGCCAUAAAAACUCUGUCUUGAGUCAAGGAGGUGUUGCUUUGGUUUCCGACAUGUGUCCAGAUCCUGGGGUUCCAGAAAACGGCAGAAGGACAGGUUCCGACUUCAGGGUUGGUGCAAAUGUACAGUUCUCCUGUGAGGACAAUUACGUGCUCCAGGGAUCCAAGAGCAUCACCUGUCAGAGAGUCACGGAGACCCUGGCCGCGUGGAGCGACCAUCGGCCCAUUUGCAGAGCUAGAACAUGUGGAUCGAAUCUGCGCGGGCCCAGUGGAGUCAUCACCUCUCCUAAUUAUCCAGUCCAGUAUGAAGACAACGCACACUGUGUGUGGGUCAUUACCACAAUGGAUCCAGACAAGGUCAUCAAGCUUGCCUUUGAGGAGUUUGAAUUGGAACGAGGCUAUGACACCCUGACAGUGGGUGAUGCUGGGAAAGUGGGGGAUACCAGAACAGUCUUGUAUGUACUCACUGGAUCCAGUGUUCCUGACCUUAUCGUGAGUAUGAGCAACCAGAUGUGGCUGCAUCUACAGUCUGACGACAGCAUCGCCUCGCCUGGAUUUAAAGCUGUUUACCAAGAAAUUGAAAAGGGAGGCUGCGGGGACCCCGGUGUUCCUGCCUACGGGAAGCGGACUGGCAGCAGCUUCCUGCACGGAGACACGCUCACCUUUGAAUGCCAGGCCGCCUUCGAGCUGGUGGGGGAGAGGGUUAUCACGUGUCAGCAAAACAACCAGUGGUCUGGCAACAAGCCCAGCUGUGUAUUUUCCUGUUUCUUCAACUUUACUGCAUCAUCAGGGAUCAUUCUGUCACCAAAUUAUCCAGAGGAAUACGGUAACAACAUGAACUGUGUUUGGCUGAUUAUCUCCGAGCCGGGAAGCAGAAUUCACCUCAUCUUUAACGAUUUUGAUGUGGAGCCUCAGUUUGACUUCCUGGCGGUCAAAGACGAUGGGAUUUCUGACAUAACCGUCCUCGGCACCUUCUCUGGCAAUGAGGUUCCCUCCCAGCUGGCCAGCAGUGGGCACAUAGUUCGCCUGGAGUUUCAGUCUGAUCACUCCACCACUGGCCGAGGGUUCAACAUCACUUAUACCACAUUUGGUCAAAACGAGUGCCAUGAUCCUGGCAUUCCCAUCAAUGGACGACGUUUUGGCGACCGGUUUCUACUUGGGAGUUCAGUUUCUUUUCACUGUGAUGACGGCUUUGUCAAAACCCAGGGGUCGGAGUCCAUUGCGUGCAUCCUGCAGGAUGGGAACGUUGUCUGGAGCUCCACCGUGCCCCGCUGUGAAGCCCCGUGUGGUGGACAUCUGACAGCUUCUAGCGGAGUCAUUUUGCCUCCCGGAUGGCCAGGAUAUUAUAAAGAUUCUUUAAACUGUGAAUGGAUAAUUGAAGCAAAACCAGGACACUCUAUCAAAAUAACUUUUGAUAGAUUUCAGACCGAAGUCAAUUAUGACACACUGGAAGUCAGAGACGGGCCGGCCAGCUCGUCCCCGCUGAUCGGCGAGUACCACGGCACGCAAGCCCCGCAGUUCCUCAUCAGCACGGGGAACUUCAUGUACCUGCUCUUCACCACGGACAACAGCCGCUCCAGCAUUGGCUUCCUCAUUCACUACGAGAGUGUGACUCUAGAGUCAGACUCUUGCCUCGAUCCGGGGAUCCCUGUAAAUGGUCGGCGGCAUGGCAGUAACUUUGGCAUCCGAUCUACAGUGACUUUUAGCUGUGAUCCAGGAUACACACUAAGCGAUGAUGAGCCACUUGUCUGUGAGAGGAACCAUCAGUGGAACCACGCGUUACCCAGCUGUGAUGCCCUUUGUGGAGGUUACAUCCAUAGGAAGAGUGGGACAGUCCUUUCUCCUGGGUUUCCAGAUUUUUACCCAAACUCUCUAAACUGUACAUGGACCAUUGAAGUUUCUCAUGGAAAAGGAGUUCAGAUGGUCUUUCACACCUUUCACCUUGAGAGCUCCCACGACUAUCUGCUGAUCACAGAGGAUGGGAGCUUCACGGAGCCCGUGGCCAGGCUCACUGGGUCGGUGUUGCCUCAUACUAUCAAGGCAGGCCUGUUUGGAAACUUCACUGCCCAGCUUCGCUUUAUAUCAGACUUUUCCAUUUCCUACGAGGGCUUCAAUAUCACAUUCUCAGAAUACGACCUGGAACCAUGCGAUGAUCCCGGCGUCCCUGCCUUCAGCCGCAGAAUCGGAUUUCAAUUUGGAGUUGGGGACUCGCUGACCUUCUCCUGCUUCCCGGGGUACCGCUUAGAAGGUGCAACCAAGCUUACGUGCCUGGGUGGGGGCCGUCGUGUGUGGAGUGCACCUCUGCCAAGGUGUGUGGCUGAAUGUGGAGCAAGUGUCAAAGGAAAUGAAGGAACAUUACUGUCUCCAAAUUUCCCAUCAAAUUACGAUAAUAACCACGAGUGUAUCUAUAAAAUAGAAACAGAAGCUGGCAAGGGGAUCCAUCUCAGGGCGCGGAACUUCCAGCUGUCUGAAGGAGAUGUUCUAAAGGUGUAUGAUGGCAAAGAGAGUUCAUCACGCCCAUUGGGGGCCUUCACUAAAAAUGAACUGAUGGGGCUGAUCCUAAACAGCACUUCAAAUCACCUGUGGCUAGAAUUCAACACCAAUGGAUCUGACACCGAACAAGGCUUCCAGCUCACCUACACGAGUUUCGACCUUGUAAAAUGUGAGGACCCCGGAAUCCCUAACUAUGGCUACAGGAUCCGCGAUGAAGGCCACUUCACUGACACUAUGGUCCUGUACAGUUGUAACCCAGGGUACGCCAUGCACGGCAGCAACACGCUGACCUGUCUGAGCGGCGACCGGAGGGUGUGGGACAAGCCACUGCCUUCCUGUGUAGCUGAGUGUGGUGGUCAGAUCCACGCGGCCACUUCAGGGCGCAUCCUGUCUCCUGGCUACCCAGCCCCCUACGACAACAACCUCCACUGCACGUGGAUCAUAGAGGCAGACCAGGGAAAGACCAUCAGCCUUCAUUUCAUCGUGUUUGACACUGAGAUGGCUCAUGAUAUCCUGAAGGUCUGGGAUGGGCCCGUGGACAGCGACAUCUUGCUGAAGGAGUGGAGCGGUUCUGCGCUCCCGGAGGACAUUCACAGCACCUUCAACUCGCUCACGCUGCAGUUUGACAGUGACUUCUUCAUCAGCAAGUCGGGCUUCUCCAUCCAGUUCUCGACAUCAAUCGCAUCCACCUGCAAUGAUCCUGGUAUGCCUCAAAAUGGAACCCGCUAUGGGGACAGUAGAGAGCCUGGAGACACUGUCACCUUCCAGUGUGACCCUGGCUAUCAGCUCCAAGGACAAGCUAAAAUCACCUGUGUGCAGCUGAAUAACCGAUUCUUUUGGCAACCAGACCCUCCUACAUGCAUAGCUGCGUGUGGAGGGAAUCUGACUGGCCCAGCGGGUGUCAUUUUGUCACCUAACUACCCACAGCCUUAUCCUCCUGGGAAAGAAUGCGACUGGAGAAUAAAAGUGAACCCAGACUUUGUCAUUGCCUUGAUAUUCAAAAGUUUCAACAUGGAGCCCAGCUAUGAUUUCCUACAUAUCUACGAAGGAGAGGAUUCCAACAGCCCUCUGAUUGGCAGUUUUCAGGGCUCUCAAGCCCCGGAAAGAAUAGAGAGCAGUGGAAACAGUCUUUUUCUGGCAUUUCGGAGUGAUGCCUCUGUGGGCUUGUCAGGGUUCGCCAUUGAAUUUAAAGAGAAGCCACGGGAAGCCUGUUUUGACCCUGGGAAUAUAAUGAAUGGGACAAGAAUUGGGACAGACUUCAAGCUUGGCUCGACGGUGACUUACCAGUGUGACUCCGGCUACAAGAUAGUUGACCCCUCAUCCAUCACAUGUGUGAUCGGAGCGGAUGGAAAGCCCGCCUGGAACCGUGUCCUGCCCUCCUGCAAUGCUCCCUGCGGAGGCCAGUACUCUGGAUCAGAAGGGGUGGUUUUGUCACCAAACUACCCCCAUAAUUACACAGCUGGUCAAAUAUGCCUCUAUUCAAUAACGGUGCCAAAGGAAUUUGUGCUGUUUGGACAGUUUGCCUAUUUCCAGACGGCCCUGAAUGACUUGGCAGAAUUAUUUGACGGAACACACCCACAGGCCAGACUGCUCAGCUCGCUCUCUGGGUCUCACUCAGGUGAAACAUUGCCUUUGGCUACGUCAAAUCAAAUUCUGCUCCGAUUCAGCGCAAAGAGCGGAGCAUCUGCCCGCGGGUUCCACUUCGUCUAUCAAGCUGUUCCUCGGACCAGUGACACCCAGUGCAGCUCUGUCCCUGAGCCCAGAUAUGGAAGGAGAAUCGGAUCUGACUUUUCAGCAGGUUCCAUUGUUCGCUUCGAGUGUAACGCAGGGUACCUCCUUCAGGGCUCCACGGCUAUCCGCUGUCAGUCCGUGCCCAACGCUCUGGCUCAGUGGAACGACACAAUCCCGAGCUGCGUAGUCCCCUGCAGUGGCAAUUUCACUCAGCGCAGAGGCACAAUUUUAUCCCCGGGCUACCCUGAGCCAUAUGGUAACAAUUUAAACUGUAUCUGGAAAAUCAUCGUUACAGAAGGAUCAGGAAUUCAGAUUCAAGUCCUCAGUUUCGCCACAGAGCAGAACUGGGACUCUCUUGAGAUCUACGAUGGCGGCGAUAUGAGCGCACCGAGACUGGGCAGCUUUUCGGGUACCACAGUACCAGCGUUACUGAACAGCACAUCCAAUCAACUCUACCUGCAUUUCCAGUCUGAUAUUAGUGUGGCAGCAGCUGGUUUUCACCUGGAAUACAAAACUGUAGGUCUUGCUGCAUGCCAAGAACCAGCCCUCCCCAGCAACAGCAUCAAAACAGGAGACCGAUACAUGGUGAACGACGUGCUCUCCUUUCAGUGCGAGCCCGGGUACACCCUGCAGGGCCGGUCCCACAUUUCUUGUAUGCCCGGAACCGUUCGGCGCUGGAACUACCCUUCUCCCCUUUGCAUCGCGACCUGUGGCGGGACGCUGAGUAGCAUGGGUGGCGUCAUCCUGAGCCCGGGGUUCCCAGGCGCGUACCCCAACAACUUGGACUGCACGUGGAAGGUCGCGCUGCCCAUUGGCUAUGGUGCGCAUAUUCAAUUUCUGAAUUUUUCUACCGAAGCUAAUCACGACUACCUUGAAAUUCAAAACGGACCUUACCCCACCAGCCCUAUGAUUGGGCAGUUUAGUGGCACCGACCUGCCCUCGGCGUUGCUGAGCACAACCCAUGAAACUCUCAUCCACUUCUACAGCGACCAUUCCCAAAACCGGCAAGGAUUUAAACUCGCUUACCAAGCCUAUGAGCUACAGAACUGCCCAGAUCCACCUCCUUUCCAGAAUGGGUAUAUGAUCAACGCAGAUUACAGCGUGGGACAAUCCAUAUCGUUUGAGUGUUAUCCUGGGUACAUUUUAAUCGGCCACCCAGUCCUCACCUGUCAGCAUGGAAUCAACAGAAACUGGAACUAUCCUUUUCCAAGAUGUGAUGCUCCUUGUGGAUAUAACGUAACGUCUCAGAACGGUACCAUUUAUUCCCCGGGAUUUCCAGAUGAGUACCCGAUUUUGAAGGACUGCGUUUGGCUGAUCACUGUGCCUCCUGGUCACGGAAUCUACAUCAACUUCACGUUGCUGCAGACGGAAGCUGUCAAUGACUACAUCGCUGUUUGGGAUGGUCCUGAUCAGAAUUCUCCGCAGCUAGGAGUUUUCAGUGGAAACACAGCCCUGGAAACAGCAUACAGUUCUAACAAUCAAGUCCUGCUCAAGUUUCACAGCGACUUUUCCAACGGAGGUUUCUUCGUCCUCAAUUUCCAUGCAUUUCAGCUCAAGAAAUGUCAGCCUCCCCCAGCGGUUCCACAGGCAGAAAUGCUGACUGAGGACGAGGAUUUUGAAAUAGGAGAUUUUGUGCAGUACCGGUGCCACCCCGGGUACACGUUGUCCGGGACUGACACGCUGACCUGCAAGCUCAGUUCCCAGUUGCAGUUCCAGGGUUCUCUCCCAACAUGUGAAGCGCAAUGCCCAGCAAAUGAAAUCCGGACAGAAUCUUCUGGAGCUAUCCUCAGUCCAGGUUAUCCAGGCAACUAUUUUAACUCCCAGACGUGCUCGUGGACUAUUAAAGUGGACCCAAACUAUAACAUCACCAUCUUCGUGGAUACAUUUCAAAGUGAAAAGCAGUUUGAUUCACUAGAAGUAUUUGAUGGUUCUUCCGGUCAGAGUCCUCUGUUAGUGGUCUUAAGUGGGAACCAUACUGAGCAAUCAAAUUUUACAAGCAAGAGCCAUCAGUUAUAUCUCCGCUGGUCCACCGAUCACGCAACCAGUAAAAAAGGAUUCAAGAUUCGUUAUACCGCACCUUACUGCAGCUUGACCCACACCCUGAAGAAUGGCGGUGUUUUAAAUAGGACCACAGGUGCAGUUGGAAGUAAAGUGCAUUAUUUUUGCAAGCCUGGAUAUCGAAUGAUCGGCCACAGCAACGCAACCUGUCGACGGAACCCAGUUGGCAUGUAUCAGUGGGACUCCCUUACUCCCAUGUGCCAGGCUGUGUCCUGUGGAAUCCCAGAGUCCCCAGGGAAUGGUUCCUUUACGGGUAAUGAGUUCACUCUGGAUAGUAAAGUGAUCUACGAAUGUAAUGAGGGCUUUAAGCUUGCGGCUAGUCAGCAAGCAACAGCGGUGUGUCAAGAAGAUGGAUUGUGGAGUAACAAAGGGAGGCCUCCCACGUGUAAACCGGUAACUUGCCCUGGCAUCGAGGCUCAGCUCUCGGAACAUGUCACCUGGAGACGAGUGUCAGGAUCACUGAAUGAGUACGGAGCUCAAGUCGUGCUGAGCUGCAAUCCUGGUUAUUACCUGGAGGGGCGCAGGCUCGUGCAGUGCCAAGCUAAUGGGACGUGGAGCGUAGGAGACGAGAGGCCAAGAUGUAGAGUUAUCUCGUGUGGAAGCCUGUCCUUUCCCCCAAAUGGUAACAAGAUUGGAACGUUGACAGUUUACGGAGCCACGGCCAUAUUUACAUGUAACACGGGCUACACGCUUGUGGGGUCUCAUGUCAGAGAAUGCUUAGCAAAUGGACUCUGGAGCGGUUCUGAAACUCGAUGUCUGGCUGGCCACUGCGGGUCCCCGGACCCGAUCGUGAACGGUCACAUCAGUGGAGACGGCUUCAGCUACAGGGACACUGUGGUUUAUCAGUGCAAUCCGGGUUUCCGUCUCAUUGGAACUUCUGUUCGGAUAUGCCUGCAAGACCACAAAUGGUCCGGACAGACUCCCGUUUGUGUCCCCAUCACAUGUGGUCACCCUGGGAACCCCGCCCAUGGCUUCACUAACGGCACUGAGUUCAACCUGAACGAUGUCGUGAACUUCACCUGCAACACCGGCUAUUUGCUGCAGGGUGCUUCACGAGCCCAGUGUCGGAGCAACGGCCAGUGGAGCAGCCCUUUGCCCACGUGUCGAGUGGUGAACUGUUCUGAUCCAGGCUUUGUGGAAAAUGCCAUUCGUCAUGGGCAACAGAAUUUCCCCGAGAGUUUUGAGUAUGGAACGAGUGUCAUGUAUCAUUGCAAGAAAGGAUUUUACUUGUUGGGAUCAUCCGCCUUAACCUGUAUGGCAAAUGGCUUAUGGGAUCGCUCUUUACCCAAGUGUUUGGCUAUAUCAUGUGGACACCCAGGGGUUCCUGCAAAUGCUAUCCUAACUGGAGAACUGUUUACCUAUGGCGCCACAGUUCACUACUCAUGCAAAGGGAGCCGGAGUCUUGUAGGCAAUAGCACUAGAGUUUGCCAAGAGGAUAGUCACUGGAGUGGAGCACUGCCCCACUGUACAGGGAAUAAUCCUGGAUUUUGUGGUGACCCAGGGACCCCACCACAUGGAUCUCGGCUUGGAGAUGAAUUUAAGGCCAAGAGCCUUCUACGCUUCUCCUGUGAGAUGGGCUACCAGCUGAGGGGCUCCCCUGAGCGAAUGUGUUUGCUCAAUGGGUCGUGGUCAGGGCUGCAGCCUGUGUGUGAAGCUGUGUCCUGUGGCAAUCCUGGCACGCCCACCAAUGGCAUGAUUGUCAGUAGCGAUGGCAUCCUGUUCUCCAGCUCGGUCAUCUAUGCCUGUUGGGAAGGCUAUAAGACCUCGGGGCUGAUGACUCGGCACUGCACGGCCAAUGGGACCUGGACAGGCACAGCUCCCGACUGUACAAUUAUAAGCUGUGGAGAUCCAGGUACCCUGGCCAAUGGCAUCCAGUUUGGGACAGAUUUCACCUUCAAUAAGACCGUGAGCUACCAGUGUAACCCCGGCUAUGUCAUGGACCCUGUCACGUCCCCCACCAUCCGCUGUACCAAAGACAGCACGUGGAGCCACAGCAAACCGGUCUGCAAAGCUGUCAUGUGCACUCAGCCUCCUCAAGUACAGAACGGAAAAGUGGAGGGAGCUGAUUUCCACUGGGGCGCCAGCAUAAGCUACAGCUGUGUGGACGGCUACCAGCUCUCUCACUCCGCCAUCCUAUCCUGUGAAGGCCGUGGGGUGUGGAAAGGGGACACUCCCCAAUGCCUGCCCGUGUUCUGUGGAGACCCCGGCAUCCCCGCAGAGGGGCGACUUAGCGGCAAGAGUUUCACCUAUAAGUCUGAAGUCUCCUUCCAGUGCAAAUCCCCCUUCAUACUGGUGGGAUCUUCAAGAAGAGUCUGCCAAGCUGACGGCACCUGGAGUGGCAUACAGCCCACCUGCAUCGAUCCUGCCCAUAACGCCUGCCCAGACCCUGGUACUCCACACUUCGGAAUACAAAAUAGCUCAAGAGGAUAUGAGGUGGGAAGCAUGGUGUUUUUCAAAUGCAGAAAAGGUUACCACAUCCAGGGUUCCACGACUCGAACUUGCCUUGCAAAUUUGACAUGGAGCGGCAUACAGACCGAAUGCAUACCGCACGCCUGCAGACAGCCAGAAACGCCAGCCCACGCGGACGUGAGAGCCAUUGAUCUUCCUACCUUCGGUUACACCUUAGUGUACACUUGCCAUCCAGGAUUCUUCCUCGCGGGCGGGUCUGAGCACAGGACGUGUAAAGCAGAUAUGAAGUGGACAGGGAAAUCACCUGUCUGUAAAAGUAAAGGAGUGAGAGAAGUUAAUGAAACAGUUACUAAAACUCCAGUUCCUUCAGAUGUCUUUUUCAUCAGUUCGGUGUGGAAGGGAUAUUAUGAAUAUUUAGGGAAAAGGCAACCAGCAACUCUCACCGUGGACUGGUUCAACGCGACAAGCAGCCAGGUGAACGCGACCUUCACCGAGACCUCUCAGGUGGAGCUGAGAUUGACAGGUGUUUACAAGAAGGAGGAGGCCCACUUACUGCUGAAAGCUUUUCAGAUUAAAGGUCCCAUAGAUAUUUUUGUCAGCAAGUUUGAAAACGACAACUGGGGACUGGAUGGUUAUGUAUCGUCAGGACUUGAAAGAGGAGGAUUUACUUUCCAAGGUGAUAUACAUGGAAAAGACUUCGGAAAAUUCAAGCUUGAAAGGCAAGAUCCCUUAAGCUCUGGUCAAGAUUCUUCAAAUCAUUCCCACGGCACUAGCAGCGGGUCUGUCGCGGCUGCCAUUCUGGUUCCAUUCUUUGCUCUAAUUUUAUCAGGGUUUGCAUUUUACCUCUACAAACACAGAACAAGACCAAAAGUUCAAUACAAUGGCUAUGCCGGACAUGAAAACAGCAAUGGACAAGCUUCAUUUGAAAACCCCAUGUAUGAUACAAACUUAAAACCCACAGAAGCAAAGGCUGUGAGGUUUGACACAACCCUGAACACAGUGUGCACAGUGGUAUAGCCUUCAGUGCCCGACGGACUGAUUCAUAGCCAUACCUCUGACGGACAAGCAGGAACCCUUGGUGCCAUAUAUCACUCUCCCCUACUCUUGGCUUUGCUGCAGCAACCUUUCACAUCGACCGGCAUACACGCAGCAGGAAUUCCAGUCUAACGUGCCAGAGUCUUCUGAGGAUCGAACUCCAACCCUAGCUUCAUUCUGAAAGUGGAUUCUAAGUGCCCGGCUGCAGCCGCUUGAAAUGAAGGCACCCUUAAGGAAGACUGCCAGGUCAGGCCAACACGUCGUACUUAAUGCCUCCGACUUUCCUGUUUCUGUGUGGCUGGAAUGCCUUUCAACGCAGUCCUCUGGGCACGUGGAUACAUCCUUUGGGCGCGGUGACAAAUGGUAGCACCACAACAUGUGUUUGGUUUUUUUAACCCCCAUGGAUACGAAUACUCUGAAAAAAAAGAAAAAAGCUCUCUUGAAGAAGACACCUUUCUGGUAGAUGCACACACCUACAAAUGCUUCCCUCUGUCCUUCCUGAGACCUGACAAGCUUUGAGGAACUCACAGCUCACCUUGGAGUCCAUUCCUAGGGCCAUUUGCAAAUUUCCUAGUCAGCUGUUCUAUUGCAGAAUUUUUGAUGCACAAUUUUUUGCACUAGUGUGUUAUGAAUGACUAAGAUUCUGAUAAACAAACUAUUUACACAGGGUUUAUACACACUAUCCAUUGUAUAUAAGCAUCCUCUCACAUUGUCAAGCUAAACAUUCCACCAUCCGUUUAGUUGGCGUGUUAGAAAAAGAAAAAAAAAUCCCCAGAUAUGGCACAGGUUUUAAAAGGAAAAUACCGCAUUCAAGAGAUUUAUUUUAUUAUUGCUUCUUUUAGCUACAUGUACGUGUUGAAUUCACUGAAGAUAUCCAAGGAGAAAAAAAGAGGCCUUUUUAUUUCCCACAUUUAUCUUAUUUUAGUACUGUCGUCAUUCUAUUAUUGUCAAUAUUAUACUCCUUACUAGCAGGGGGUUUGCAGUGAUUUCUAUUUGCCAUGUAAAAAUGUGAAUAGUAAUUUAUUUUAGAUAGCUCAUGAACUUGUGGGUUUUAGCUCACAAUACAGCCUUCCCUUUGUAUCAUGUUUUUUCUUUUGCUGUGUCAUCACUCUGAUAGUACAUUGAAAGACAGCAUACCACAGCGGCACCCGGAACUCAGCAGGAAGUGUUCAGGAUCAAAAUACCAAGUGUUUCUUUGGAGGCAAAGAAAAAUUACACACACUCUUAUUUCCUGAUGGUUUAUUUUAUAUAUUAGUUUGUGUUUGUUUUAUGCUUUAUAGUUCCAGACGGAAAGAAAAUUUUGAUGAGUUUUCAAGGUCAAAAUUCAUUAUAGGUAAAUUUAUGAAUUGCGGUAUAAAUAAAAUAGGUGUGAUCUCCAUGUGCAUAAAAUCAAGUGUGAACUAGAAGUUGUGGCGAUGAGAAUGUGUGUGUAACAGACUCAAAGUAAAGAUCGUGUUUAUUUUUAUUUACAACUGUUUGAUAAAAGUAUUUGAAAGGACAAUGCUUAUUUUAUGAUUUGGUUUUUAAGUACAUAUUGCAGAUAUUGAAAAUUUCCCCGACCUCACAUUCCAGGGGGCAUCAAUAGAGACGUCAGAGGUGUUAAUUGGCCGUCCACUUCACUGUCAUGAAAGUAUUCACACCUAGCUUUAAGACCCGUAUAUUUGUUUGUCUAUUGCAUAUUUAAAUGCAAGACUUCAGAAGUGAAAAAUGAAAGAAAAAAAACUGUCAGGAUAAUAACUCGUUCUUUCAAGUCGUGCGUUUUGAUGUGAAUUUUUCAGCAGAUCUUUUCUGCUUGGCCCCCACUAUGCUGAGGCUCGUUCGAAGGGCCACGUGCUGUUAGGAGGGCAUAAGUGACCUCUUGCGGUUACUGCCUCGCCUUUUGAAUUCUAUUUUAUUAGGCUGAAAUCUCUGCAUGCUUUUCUCUGGCCACCCUGGACAACAUUACUGGAGAUUUGUUUUGCACCCUGGAGCCCUUCCAUCACUCCGUCUCUUUAGACAGAUGGGGUCAGCCAGAGCCAGGCUCCUAACGCAGACCCUGAACAGAAACAAAGAGAAAACGUGAGGAAGUCUGAGGAUCGUCAUGUGCAGGGGAGAACAGGGUUACUAUAUAUAUUAGGUGUAUAUAUAUAUAUAUACAUACAUACAUAGAUAUAAAUAUAUUGUACAUAUCUAAGUUUGAGUCAUUCAAACUGGGUGCAAAAUGCUGACUUCAGAGUCUGAAUUAAUGUCUCUCUUCCCACAUCCCUGACCUGCUUGCUGGUCAAUGAUGUUACGAAAUCCUGAAAUGACAGGACAUACACACAUGCAGGAAACCACAUAUCAGAUUAGAUAUCAUUUUCCUUUGUGAGUAUCCUUCGGUUGCCAGUCUAGAGCAUGUUAUUGAAAAAAAACAAAACUCCAUGAAAUUCUCCUGUAAGAAUUCUGCCUAGUUUCUUCCUAGGUGUGUGCAGUAUCUAUUCAGGUCUCCCGCGAUCGAGGGGUUGGAGGGCCUUGUCCAGGCAGCUGGCGAAGGCGCUUUCUGAGUUCGGGCUAGAAGACUCUUUCCGGAAGCAACCAGAACACAUGCGAGGGCACGCCCCCAUGCUAACACAGGUUAUGUGCUUCGAAGCUGUUUAAAACUGCUGCUUGUUUCACACGUCUUGCCUUUCUUCAGGCUAGCUGCAAUAAUUUUUUUCUUCUGUAAAAUAUUUUGUAAACAACAACAAAAAAAGCUAUUAUAAAAAGGGGAAAGAGAACGCUGGCAUAUGAUCAGGAAAACCCAUCAUCACCCCCCCACCGUCUUGCCAUCCCACCACAUGCUGCUGACAUGAAGUAGGUGCAAAAGACCUUUUUGUACAGAGAUAUAUUUUUUAUGAAGAAUUUGUAAAAUUAUUAAAUAUGCUGUAAUUUUUUGAUUAAUGUAGGUAAAUUGUUAAAAAAUAAAUGUUUUUACAAUACAAAACUGUAAUUUUCCCAAUAAUGUACAAUGGACCAUCUCUAGCUGAUUUUCAGUUCCAAUCCUAUUACACAUGUAUUAAUAUUAAAGUGGCCUGUUAAAAUGAACAGUAUCUUUUUUUGUCAAAAAAAAAAUUAUAAAGAGAGUGGACUAUAGCCUGUAUAAUGCCACCUAUCUUUAAAGCAAAUCAGAGUUCUAAUUAAAUAUUUAAUUUUAGAUUUCGA